UCUAAUCUACAAUUUCACUUUUCUAGAGAAUACUUACUUGGAUGCAAAGGAAAUAAAACACACUUAAAUACCUAAAUUUCGUGAAUUCUCCACUCAACCCCCUAAGCAAAUCAUCCAUUUCAUAAAUAUUAAUCCACCAAAAUAAUUAUCCUAUCAGUUCAAAGACACCAUGUCAUCAACACCUCCUCAAGAAAACACUAAAGUAGAAGGAUCCCAGGAACCCAUAGUAGAAGCACCCCCAUCGGAAGAAGAUAUUAAGAAAUGGGGCACGCACGUCAUGGGAGCCCCUGCAGCUCCUAGUGCCCAUCCAGACAACCAGAAGGCGGCUUUAUGGAAUGCUAGUGAUCACCAACAAAUCUAUGAGCUGCCCUAUGUCGUUUAUUCCCCUGCAGAAAGACCAAGCCAUAAUCCUUUUGAACCUGUGAUUAACAUGUUCAAUACGUGGAGUAGGAAGACCGAGUCUAUAGCACGCAACAUCUGGCACAACCUUAAAACUGGACCGUCUGUAUCGGAAGCAGCAUGGGGUAAAUUAAACCUGACAGCCAAAGCUAUAACAGAGGGUGGAUUUGAGUCUCUGUUCAAGCAGAUUUUUGCAACUGAUCCGGAUGAAAGGUUAAAGAAGACAUUCGCCUGUUAUCUCUCCACAACAACAGGCCCUGUUGCGGGUACGCUCUAUUUAUCAACGGCUCGGGUAGCCUUCUGCAGUGAUCGGCCCUUAUCUUUCACUGCUCCUUCUGGUCAGGAGACUUGGAGCUACUACAAGGUGAUGAUACCUUUGGCGAAUGUGGGCAGUGUUAAUCCGGUGGUGAUGAAAGAGAAUCCAGUGGAGAGCUAUAUUCAGGUAGUUACGGUGGAUGGGCAUGACUUCUGGUUCAUGGGAUUUGUUAAUUUUGAGAAAGCAUCGUUUCAUCUUUUGAACAGUCUGCAAGAUACCAAGCCGCUACCCUGAAUCCAGCCUAGCCUAGGGGCAGACUAUAUGUGUGGAUGUUAUUUUUUAAAAUUCAGAUGUUGUUAUUAGUAGGAAUAUGAACACGUAGAUUGAGGGGUUUGACGAGUUGAUUUGAUUUUUUUUUGGUCUAAUAGAUAUCAAGAUUGAUGUUUCCAGAA